AUGGACCCCAUCCUCAGAACCGCUUCUCCCUAUCCUGAUCCUACAGUCAAAGGCCCUAGAUCUGUUCUUCAAGCUCGCCGUCCGGAUUUGCGCAGAAUGAUUUCCAACAGUGUCAACAAGACUUCCCUCCACCCCGGUGGUGUUCAGCCUCACCGCGAACACACCGAGCUUGAGGAGGAGCUUCACGAGACCGCUCACAUUGACUAUGACCACGUCGCCAUUAUCCCCAACCCUUCCGUUGCCGCUCUCUACGAAGAUGCCCUGGUUUACGAGACCGGCUCCGCCAUCACCGACUCCGGUGCUCUGACUGCCUACUCCGGCGCCAAGACUGGCCGCUCUCCCCUCGACAAGCGAAUUGUCCAGGAGGACUCCUCAAAAGACGACAUUUGGUGGGGACCCGUCAACAAGCCCAUGACUCCUGAGGUCUGGAAGAUCAACCGCGAACGUGCCGUCGACUACCUCAACACCCGCAACCGCAUCUACGUCAUCGAUGGCUACGCCGGCUGGGAUGAGAAGUACCGCAUCAAGGUCCGCGUUAUCUGCGCCCGUGCCUACCAUGCUCUCUUCAUGCGCAACAUGUUGAUCCGCCCUCCUCGUGAGGAGCUCGAGGGCUUCCACCCCGACUACACAAUCUACAACGCUGGUACUUUCCCCGCCAACCGUUACACUGAGGGCAUGACCUCCGCCACCUCGGUCGCCAUCAACUUUGCUGCCAAGGAGAUGGUCAUCCUCGGCACUGAGUACGCUGGCGAGAUGAAGAAGGGAGUCUUCACCGUCCUCUUCUACGAAAUGCCCAUCAAGCACAACGUCCUCACCCUGCACUCCUCCGCCAACGAGGGCAAGAACGGCGAUGUCACCCUCUUCUUCGGUCUCUCCGGUACCGGCAAGACCACCCUGUCUGCCGACCCCAACCGUGCCCUGAUCGGUGACGACGAGCACUGCUGGAGUGACAACGGUGUUUUCAACAUUGAGGGUGGUUGCUACGCCAAGUGCAUCGGUCUCUCUGCCGAGAAGGAGCCCGAUAUCUAUGGCGCCAUCCGCUACGGCUCCGUCCUCGAGAACGUCGUCUUCGACCCCAGCACCCGUGCCGUCGACUACGAUGACAGCACCCUCACCGAGAACACCCGCUGCGCCUACCCCAUCGAGUACAUCGCCAACGCCAAGAUUCCUUGCCUCUCCAACAACAUGCCCACCAACAUUAUCCUCCUCACCUGCGAUGCCCGUGGUGUCCUGCCUCCCAUCUCCAAGCUCGACCGCAACCAAACCAUGUUCCACUUCAUCUCUGGCUAUACCUCCAAGAUGGCCGGUACCGAGGACGGUGUCACCGAGCCCCAGGCUACCUUCUCCUCCUGCUUCGCCCAGCCCUUCCUGGCCCUCCACCCCAUGCGCUACGCCAAGAUGUUGGCUGACCGCAUUGAGGCCAACAAUGCCAACGCCUGGCUUCUCAACACCGGUUGGGUCGGUGCCGGUUUCUCCCAGGGUGGCAAGCGCUGCCCCCUCAAGUACACCCGUGCCAUCCUCGACGCUAUCCACAGCGGCGAGCUCGCCAACGUCCAGUACGAGAACUACGACAUCUUCAACCUGCAGGUCCCCACCACCUGCCCCAACGUCCCCGACGACAUGCUCAACCCCAAGAAGGCCUGGACUGCCGGCGCCGAGAGCUUUGAGGCCGAGGUCAAGAAGCUUGGCGGCCUCUUCAACGAGAACUUCAAGAAGUACGAGAGCGAGGCCACCGCCGAGGUCAUCAAGGCCGGCCCUGCCAUCUAG